AUGUGGCGGAGGCAGGCCCGUGUGUGGGCUGCCGCGAUACUCUGCGCGCUAGGUCUGCUGGCCGCCAUCGGAGCGGCCUUCAAAGCCGAUGAGUUCAAGACAUGCGCCCAAGCGCACUUCUGCAAGCGGAAUAGGGGCAAGUUCGGCAUCGACCACUUCGUCGUGCAGCCCAGCACCGUCUCGGUGUCCGGGAACGUCGUCACCGGCAAGGUUUUCAACAAGAAGGACAACGUCCAGCUCCCCCUGACGAUCGAAGCCUAUGAUGGCAUCUUCAGGAUCCGUGUGGACGAGGCGCAGCGCCACGGCGUCACCCCACGCUUCCAGGUGCCGGAGGUGCUCGUCAACGACUUUCUGAGCCGCCCGGCAACGCUCACGACCAAGUCCAAGACGGCCGACGGCGUGGAGGCUUCCGUCGCGGGCUCGUCGCCCGCGCUGACGCUCUCGGUCCGCUUCGCGCCGUUCUCCGUGGUCAUGGCGCGCGACGGCGCCCCCGCGCUAACGUUCAACGCGCGCGCGGGGUUCAGCUUCGAACACCGCCGCGAGAAGCGCCCCGACGACGAGGACGGCAUGUGGGAGGAGAGCUUCCGUUCGCACCGGGACUCGAAGCCCCGCGGACCCGAGUCGAUUGCCUUCGACAUGACGUACCACGACGUGGCCGGGCUGUACGGGAUCCCCGAGCACGCCGCGGACUUCAAGCUCAAGCCCACCGCGCGGCUCGACGCCCAGAGCGAGGGGGGGGUGUCUUUCCUGAGCGAGCCGUUCCGGCUGUACAACCUGGACGUCUUCGAGCACCUGACGUACUCCCCCUUCAGCCUGUACGGCUCGAUCCCGAUGCUCACGGGCCACAGCGCGUCCCGCGGCACCUCGGGGGUGUUCUGGCUGAACUCGGCGGAGAUGUUCGUCGACGUCGCAGACCCCCCCGAGCCCCCCGGGGGCGCCACGGGCGAGCCCGGCGACAGCGCGACGCAGUGGAUCGCCGAGUCCGGCGUCCUCGACCUCUUCCUGUACGCCGGGCCCACGCCCGCGGACGUCGCGCGCCAGCACGCGGCCGUCUCCGGCACCUCAUCGAUGCCGCAGCAGUUUGCGCUGGGGUACCACCAGUGCCGGUGGAACUACCGCGACGAGCCGGACGUCGCGGCGGUCGACGCGGGCUUCGACGACCACGUCAUCCCGUACGACGUCCUCUGGCUCGACAUCGAGCACUCGAACGGCAAGCGCUACAUGACGUGGGACGCGGCCACGUUCCCGACGCCCGACCGCAUGCAGCGCGACCUGGCGUCGCGCGGGCGCAAGAUGGUCGCGAUCGUGGACCCGCACAUGAAGUCGGACCCGUCGUACCGGUUGUACCAGGAGGCGAAGGACAGGGGGUUGUUGGUGAAGAACGCGGGGGGGAGUGACUACGACGGGUGGUGCUGGCCCGGCGCGUCGGCGUACCUGGACCUGCUGAACCCGGCUGUGCGCGACUGGUGGGCCGACCAGUUCGAUCUCGAGCGCUGGCAGGGCUCCACGGAGUCGCUGUACGUGUGGAACGACAUGAACGAGCCCAGUGUGUUCAACGGCCCGGAAAUCACGAUGCAGAAGGACAAUCUGCACUUCGGGGGCGUCGAGCACCGCGACGUGCACAACAUCUACGGCCUGCUCUACCACGCCGCGACCGCGGAGGGGCUCCGGCGGCGCGGCGCGAAGGAGCGCGGGCCUGACGGCGACCGCCCGUUUGUGCUCUCGCGCGCGUUCUUCGCGGGGACGCAGCGCGCGGGGCCGAUCUGGACGGGCGACAACAUGGCCAAGUGGGAGCACCUGCAGAUCUCGAUCCCCAUGCUGCUCUCCGCGUCCGUCGCGGGGCUGCCGUUCGUCGGCGCCGACGUCGGGGGCUUCUUCGGCAACCCCGAGCCCGACCUGCUCGUCCGGUGGUACCAGACCGCGAUCUUCUACCCGUUCUUCCGCGGACACGCCCACAUCGAGACGCGCCGGCGCGAACCCUGGCUGUUCGGCGACGCGGUGACCACGCUGGUUCGUGACGCCGUGCGCACGCGCUACCGGCUGAUGCCGUACCUCUACACGACGUUCCGCGAGGCCAACGUCACGGGCGCCCCCGUCAUGCGCCCGCUGUGGUACGAGUUCCCGACCGACCCGAAGGCCGCCGCGGGCGACUACACGGAGCGGACCUUCAUGGUGGGCGGCGCGCUGCUGGCGGCGCCCGUGGUGCGGCCGGACCACGAGCUCCCGAACCAGGCCGUCACGGCGUACCUGCCGCCCGGCGGCGCGCCGUGGCGCGCGCUCGAGACGGGCGAGGCCGCGGCGGGCCCGCUGGAGACGAUCACGGUGUCGAAGAAAUCCAUCCCGGCUUAUUUGCGGGGCGGCUCGGUGCUGGCGGCGCGCGAACGGCCGCGCCGGAGCACCGCGCAGAUGGCGCACGACCCCGUGACGCUCGUCGUGUCGCUCGGGGCCGACGGCGCCGCGCAGGGCAAGCUCUACAUGGACGAUGGCAGCAGUUUUGCGUUCCUGCGGGGAGAGUACGUCGACUUGGAGGUGCGCGCGACGACCGCUGGGAAGCGGAUCACGGUGGCCGCGACGCGGGUGGGUGGCAACGCGGGUUACGCCGCGGGGGGGGUCGUGGUGGACCGUGUGGUGGUGUUGGGGGCAGAGGGGGGGGAGUGGGGUGUGGAGACGAAGGGGGCCGGCGAUGGGGCGCCGGAUGUGGAGCGGGGGCCCGUGUGGGUCGGGCGGGGUUCGGACGCGCCGGCGACGGCCGUGGUGGUGCGCCGGGCGGGCCUGCCCGUCUCGGGGGGCUGGGAGGUGACGCUGACAUCAGCGUGA